UGGAGUCUCUGCGGUGUUGGUUUCUCUCACUGAGGAAACAUUUCAUCUCCUGGAGCAACAAUGAGUUCAGUUCAGGCUCUGAGAGAGUUUAUUAACGAGAGACUAACUGCUGCCGCCGUGGAAAUAUUCACCGUGUUUGAACAAACUGUCGUCCGGUACGAAGAGCAGAUUGAUCAGCAGAUCGAGUUGUUGGAAAUCAGCUGCAAACAUCAAAUCACCUUUAACAGAACAGAGAGUCCACAACGGCAAAACCAGAAGACGACCUCCAGGCUGGAGCUGGAGGAACAUGAAGCUCCACACAUGAAAGACGCUUCUUUUACCGAUGGUGACCUGGACUCUGUGAGAGAUUUAAUCAUCCGGCGACUAACUGCUGCUGCUGUGGAAAUCUUCUCUGUGUUUCAACAAACUGUCGUCCGGUGCAAGAAGGAGAUUGAUCGUCAGCACAGGAUGCUGGGAAACAUCUGGAAACCUAAAUUCAAGUUACGUGGAACAGAGUUUCCACAGCACCAGGACUGCAGGGAGGAGCAGCUCUUUGAACAGGAAACCAACUACUGUGCUAACCAGGGAGAACCAGAACCUCCACAGAUCAAAGAGGAACAAGAAGAACCAGGAUUUCUCGAGUUUAAAGAGGAACAGGAGGAACCAGAACUUCUGCAGAUCAAAGAGGAGGAAGAAGAACCAGGACUCCUGCAGUUUAAAGAAGAGCAAGAUCAAUCAGAGCCUGAGAUUGAGAACCAUGAGGAAGUUGGUACCAGCCAGGAGGAAGAGCAACUUAUACUGAAGUUUGAAAGUGAAUCUCUUAGAAUUCCUUCUAUUGAGGAGAAACGUUACCUGAGUGAACCAGAAGAAGAACCAAACACUGAGCCGUUCCUCCCUCAUGACUCUAACAUCCAACAAACUGAUUCAGAAUCAACUACAAAUGUAGAGCUGAAGAAAAUCCUAUUUCGUGGUGAACGUGUGGAGAAGUUUCCUGUGUCAGAGACGCAGGCUGAAUUUGAAGUGCUGCUUUGUGAUGAAACUUAUGGUGAAAAUGUCCGUAAAAAACGAAAAGUACGUCAGAAAUUAGGACCCGACACUAAUACGGCGCAAAUAAUUUGUGAAAUUUGUGGUAAAAGCUACGCCCAACAGCGCAAUUUGUUCCGCCACAUGAAAACCCACACAGGUGAGAAGCCGUAUUCUUGUGAAACGUGUGAGAAAAGUUUCACUGAACACAGCAGUUUGUUGCGCCACAUGAAAACUCACACGGGUGAAAAGCCGUAUCCUUGUGAAAUGUGUGGGAAAAGUUUCAGUCAGCAGAACCAUAUGUUGAUCCACAUGAGAAUUCACACGGGUGAGAAGCCGUAUCGGUGUGUUACCUGCGGCAAAAGUUUCAGUCAACAUAACCAUAUGCUGGGCCACAUGAGGAUUCACACGGGUGAGAGGCCGUAUUCUUGUGAAACAUGCGGCAGAAGUUUCAGUGACAACAGUAAUUUGUUGCGCCACGUUAAAGCUCACAAACUCACAGACAGAUGAAGUCAUGAAUGACUAUUAGCGCUUUUCUAUUGCACAGAUCUAGCUCUGCUCAGCUCAACUCGACUGCCUUCGGUUUCCAUUCCAGUGGAGCCCCAGUUCAGUGUGGGUGGAGUCGUCAAAGCGAGGCGACCCCCAAACUCCAGCCGCGUCAUUUGUUCUGCAAAGGGACAUCUCAUUCAAAGUGCAGCUUGAGCCCAAAAACACAAGGUAUCGUCUCGUUUAAAGGAAAUGUUACUGUUGAGACUGCUUCAGGUGAAGUUUGGUUUCCGGUUUGUCACAAAUACGAGAAGGUUUUAACAAUGUGUCCCCUGGUUGCAU